UCACUGCUUUCUCUGUCUAACUCUGUUCGGCCACCAAGGGACACACAGCUGGAUCGCUAUCGACCGAAUCUCUCUCUAGUCGGACGUGUUUGUCUUGAGUUCUGCCUACCACGACAGCAUGAGAACGCUACUGGACAGCAGCUGGAUAAAAUUUGGGCCAGCCGGCAGAGGGUCCAUUGAUUGGGUGACUGGGUCACCUUCUCCCCCAAUGGUGGAGAGACAGUUACAGGGCGACAACUGGAAUGAGCUGAACCUCGACCAGGAAGGGAGGUCAGGGCUGCUCCUCUACGUGGUCCUCCCCGUCGCCUCCCUCCUCAUGCUGGGCCUCCUGGUACUCCUGGCCUACUGGAGGUGCUCCCCUCCAAAGCUCAGCCUGGACCUCCAGGACCCCGAGAGCAGCGCGGAGUUCCUCUCCUCGCUCACCGGCCACGGCGAACGCCACACCAGCACCAGCUCUGACAUGUCGGACAGCGUGCUCGUCAUGGUCUACCUGCCGCCGCCCUACGAGGAGACGCUGACCAAGAUCACACGCGCCACAAGUCUGACCAGUCGGAAAGAGUCCAUGAACAUAGAGGACCUGGAGGCCCGGCUGUGUCCGGAGAUCAAGUCCAGUGGACGCUACGUGUGACUGGGGAACACUGGGAGUGUCUCUCAAAUGGCCCCCUAUUCCCAAAAGCCCACAAAGGGCUCUGAUUAAAAGAAGUGCACUAUGUAGGGAGUAGGGUAUAUGGUAUCAUUUCAGACUAGAACUAAGAGAUUGCUUUUGAAAGGACUCCAUAUACCAAGCUCUUUAGAAUAAGGGGAAUUCAAUGGACUAUUUAAAAACAUCAGACCUGACUUAGUAUUUUGUGGGUACCAGCUUUCUACACAGAGGAGUGUGCAGUUGCAUGAAAGCUGGAAAUUGCAUUGACUGGCUGUCCAGGAUACAGUACAUCUAGAUUCUCUAGAGAGGACAGACGCUGACUAUGUACAAACCGUAGGUCACAGUAGGCAAAUAAAUCUCCUUCAACGAUACAAAAAAUAAUAUACAAUUCAUUUGCAUUGUUUUGAUCUCCUAAAUGAAACACGUGAUCCCCCAUUUUGACUUCCACACAUUGUAUGAGCCACACCAUGCUUUCAACCCUCCUGUACCUGUGUUGAUUUACAGUUUGUUCCCUAUUUGGAGACUUAAGAAUGUCAAUGUGCAAAGUGCAAGAAUGUUACAGAAGUCUUGUAUAUAAUACGGUAUGUUAUUUGAAUUUGAUUUGAAUUGUAUUUAUAUGUAAGAAGGUACAAAGACCUAGCCUGGGCACCAUGUGUUUGACAGAAGGGACAAGGAGCGGAAUGUUAGUCCAGGUUAAUAAUUCCCUUCAUUCCUUGGCAUCACAUCAUAAAUGUACUCCUAAAAACCUCAGACCUGAUACGUUUUAUAGCCUACAUAACAUAUAUUCAUUCUAAUUACCAAGUAAUAUGUUUGUACAAAGUGUUAUAUUGUUUUUAAAUAAAGAAUA